GGUCAGCCAGCUAGAUCAACUCCAAUAUUUGUCCCAUCUUCCAUAUUUCCGUUUCCUAUACUAGACAUACAUAUCACAAUACCAACAACGCAAACACUCGGCUUUCUGGUAAAGAUGCCAGGCAGUCUCCGACUUCUCAGCCUGGAUGGCGGAGGCGUACGUGGUCUGGCAUCCCUCUACAUGCUGAGAAAAAUUCUAUCCUUCGUCGGGAGUCCUAAACCUUGCGACUAUUUCGACAUGAUCUGUGGCACUAGUACCGGAGGCAUAAUUGCCGUUAUGCUCGGGCGACUCGAGAUGUCCGUUGACCAGUGUAUCGAAGCCUAUAUCAGCCUGAUGGACGUGGUGUUCGAUCCAAAGGAUAAGAAAAAACUGCCGUUCAAAGUGCGCAACGGCAAGGUCCAGCCACAAUACAAGACAGAUAAAUUAGAGCAGGCCAUCAAGCAGGUCAUUGCCAAUGUUGGAGGGACAUCUGACGAUCGAUUCCGUGGAGCCAAGAGCUCAGCCUGCAAAACUAUUGUAAUCGCACUUACAGCAGAAAGUGCAACACCCAUCCGCUUCACCGAUUACAAGAAAGACGGCGAGCACUCCAACUUCUACAACGAAGUCCGCAUCUGGGAAGUUGCGCGUGCCACUUCGGCAGCGACAUCUUUCUUUGCCCCGAUGAAGAUCAAGCACGCCGGGGAACCGCGCUGCUUCGUCGAUGCAGGUCUCGGCUCCAACAAUCCCAUCCAGGAGCUCUACCUCGAGGCAAAAGAGCAACUCGGCCAGCCUGGAAGCCAAUUUGAUGAGCAGAUCCGCGUGCUAGUCUCGAUUGGAACGGGAAAGCCUGCACUGCAGGAAUUCGGCGAAAGUGUUCUCGAAGUGGCAAACAGUAUUGUCAAGAUUGCGGCCGAGACGCAAAGAACGGCAAACACAUUUUACCACAUGCACAUGGACUUGGCGGAUCGCGAUGGCUACUUUCGCUUCAACCCGCCGGACCUCUCCGAGGUGCUGCUGGACGAAGCGAGCAAGAAAGGCCUCAUUUCGGAGCGGACGGAGGCGUACGGAAACGAUGCCGAGACAGUCAAGAUGGCGAGGCGCUGGAUAGCUGCCGCGGGCAAUGAGCAGAAAAACACACCACCACCUGAAGUGUCGAGAGUCCGUCUCGAAUCAGCCCAGACAAAACUCUUCUACUCGCUGUACAAAAGCCCCAAGCACAUCAAGCCAGGCGCAGAGUCCUACUGGCAACAUCUCACGCUAGACUCGUACUACGUGUACGAAAACAUAUUCAAAGACUGCAAGCCCAUAGAUGGCAAAGUGACAUUCGAAGCAUUCAGCAAACAAUUCGGGCCCGGGCCUUCUCCUGCUCCCAACCACAUCCGCGAGGCCUGGUCCCGCCUUCUGCACGACAAGAGCCAUGUGAGCAAGUCGAUUCACCGCAAGCCGUUUGUCAUGGCAGUGCUCUACAUGCUGCAUAUCGAGACGACUCUGGAGCUCUCACGAAAGGACGUGGACAAAAACCAGCGCGAGAUACUCAAGCGCUUCUCAAAAUGGGUCCCAUGUCAGUGCCGCCAGGUCUGUGGCCGCGAGUGGAACUUUGUAAACGAGACGGGGCUGUCGCGCGGGGGAGACGAUCGCGCCAAAUGCGACUUUCCUGGCUUGAUCCAGAAAAGCAAGCAUUGGACUGUGGCUUUCAAGGGCGAUAAAAUCAAGAGGCUCGAGGCUACAAGGGGGCUUUGGUUGGCAACGUCGUGAUAGUGGUGCAGAUUUGAUAUAUAGAAUGUCUAUUCUACUUGCUUUCAACAUG